ACCUUAUCUGUGGAAGUACAUGAAUUUCAUUCCCAAUUGUAUUCUCCAAGGUAGUUUGAAGCUCAGACAAUUUCUUCCUAAUUAUCUGGAGAUGCACUGGAAACUUAAUGUUGUUCAUAUGACUCUACAAUAAUACAGUGAGAACUUUCAUCUGGAGUUAAAAAGGAGUUCUCAGAAGAUUUGCUGAUAAAGUGAGCACAGUUGUUUUAUGAACUGUUACUGGACAAGUGUUUUGAAAAUACCAGAGGCAGAAAGGAAAAUGCUUGUUAGCAACAUGGAAAAAUCACAGCUGCUGUCUGAGGUGAGGCAGAUGGGAUUCAGAAGGGGCGAAAAAAGCCACAUGCAAGCCAAGAAGAACCCUCCCCAAAAUAAUACAAGGGACCCUGCCAUCAAUGUUUUGUUCUCACGCCAAAUUCCUGGACUAUAAAAAUCUGCCUAUAAGCCAAGAAAAAAACACUUCCCUGGAAGGAUUUUCAAGUUACUGCUUCAUGGCAAGAUGGAAAUAAAAAAGGGGAGGUCAUUUUGGAUCUUCUGCCUAAUUUGGAGUUGUUGCAAAGGCAAAGAACCAGUUCAGAUAGUCCAGGUCUCUACUGUCAGUAGGAGUGAAUGUGCCACCUGGGGCAAUUUCCACUUUCAUACAUUUGACCAUGUUAAGUUCACUUUUCCUGGAACCUGCACAUAUGUCUUCGCUUCACACUGCAAUGACAGCUAUCAGGACUUUAACAUCCAAAUCAGGCGCAGUGACAAGAAUAGCUUCCUGAUCUACUUCACUGUCACCAUUGAUGGAGUGAUCUUGGAGGUGAAGGAGACAGGCAUCACAGUGAAUGGGAACAAGAUCCCCAUGCCCUUCAGCUUGAAGAGCAUCCUGAUUGAGGACACCUGUGCUUACUUCCAAGUCACUUCCAAGCUGGGCCUGACACUCAAGUGGAACUGGGCUGACACUCUCCUACUGGACCUGGAAGAAACAUAUAAAGAGAAAAUAUGUGGUCUGUGCGGAAACUAUGAUGGUAGUGAGAAGAAUGAUUUGAUUUUGGAUGGGUAUAAAAUGCAUCCGAGGCAGUUUGGGAACUUCCACAAAGUAGAGGAUCCAUCAGAAAAGUGUGCUGAUGUGAGUCCAGAUGACCACACUGGAAGACAUCCUCGGAGAGAAGACAAUAGAUGCAGUAAAUAUAAAAAAAAAUGCAAGAAACUUAUGUCCCGUUUUGGAAACUGCUCCAAAGUGGUUGCGUUUGAUGACUACAUAGAGACCUGUGCUGAAGAUAUGUGCCACUGUGCAGUUAAUUCUUCUCACUCUGAUUUGGUUUCCAGCUGCAUAUGCAGCACUUUAAACCAGUACUCUCGUGACUGUGUCCUCAGGAAGGGAGACCCUGGGGAAUGGAGAACCAAAGAACUUUGCUAUCAGGAAUGCCCAAACAACAUGGAGUACAUGGAAUGUGGAAACUCCUGUGCUGACACAUGCACUGACCCAGAGAGGAGCAAGAUUUGUAAAGCUCCGUGUACAGAUGGUUGUUUUUGUCCUCCUGGAACUAUCCUUGAUGACCUCGGUGGCAAAAAAUGCAUCCCCAGAGACAGCUGCCCCUGUAUGUUUCAAGGCAAAGUCUACUCAUCUGGAGGGACUUACUCCACUCCCUGCCAAAACUGUACUUGCAAAGGAGGCCACUGGAACUGUAUCUCUCUGCCCUGUUCUGGAAGUUGCAAUAUAGAUGGAGGAUUCCAUAUAACAACGUUCGAUAAUAAAAGAUUCAAUUUUCAUGGCAACUGCCAUUAUGUCUUAGCUAAGAAUACUGAUGACACAUUUGUGGUGAUUGGAGAGAUCAUCCAGUGUGGGACAUCAAAGACAAUGACUUGCUUAAAGAAUAUAUUGGUCACACUAGGAAAAACUACUAUAAAAAUAUGUUCUUGUGGAAAUAUCUACAUGAACAAUUUCAUUGUGAAGCUGCCAGUAAGCCAAGAUGGUAUCACCAUCUUCAGACCCUCUACAUUUUUCAUCAAAAUCUUGAGCUCAACUGGAGUACGGAUUCGAGUGCAAAUGAAACCUGUAAUGCAGCUCUCCAUAACAGUUGAUCAUUCUUAUCAGAAUCGUACUUCUGGUCUUUGUGGCAAUUUCAAUAACAUCCAGACUGACGACUUCAGAACAGCCACUGGAGCUGUGGAAGAUUCAGCUUCUGCUUUUGGUAACUCAUGGAAAACUAGAGCCAGCUGUUUUGAUGUUGACGACAGCUUUGAAGAUCCUUGUUCAAACAGCGUGGAUAAAGAAAAAUUUGCCCAGCAUUGGUGUGCACUUCUGUCUAAUACAAGCGGUGUGUUUGCUGUCUGCCAUUCUGUUGUAGACCCAUCUGUGUACAUCAAGAAAUGUAUGUAUGACACCUGUAAUGCUGAGAAGAGUGAAGUUGCACUGUGUAGUGUGCUCUCUACUUACUCCAGAGACUGUGCUGCGGCAGGCGUGUCCCUGAAGGGCUGGAGGCAGGGCAUCUGUGAUCCUUCUGAGGAGUGUCCUGAGACUAUGGUUUAUAACUACAGCGUGAAGUACUGUAACCAGUCUUGCCGCUCACUGGAUGAACCUGAUCCACUGUGUAAAGUUCAGAUGGCUCCUAUGGAGGGCUGUGGUUGCCCUGAAGGAACCUACCUCAAUGACGAGGAGGAAUGUGUAACUCCAGAUGACUGUCCCUGCUACUACAAAGGCAAGAUUGUUCAGCCUGGCAACUCCUUCCAAGAGGACAAACUGAUGUGCAAAUGCAUUCAAGGAAGAUUAGACUGCAUUGGAGAAACUGUCCUGGUAAAAGAUUGCCCAGCUCCUAUGUAUUACUUCAACUGCAGCUCUGCAGGUCCCGGUGCGAUUGGAUCAGAGUGUCAGAAAAGUUGUAAGACGCAGGACAUGCACUGUUAUGUCACAGAAUGUGUUUCUGGCUGCAUGUGUCCUGAUGGGCUGGUACUGGAUGGCAGCGGAGGAUGUAUUCCCAAAGACCAAUGCCCAUGUGUCCAUGGAGGCCGCUUUUAUAAACCUGGGGAAACCAUCAAAGUGGACUGCAACACAUGCACCUGUAACAAAAGGCAGUGGAACUGCACAGACAGUCCCUGCAAGGGAACCUGCACUGUGUAUGGAAACGGGCAUUACAUGAGCUUUGAUGGGGAGAAGUUUGAUUUCCUGGGAGACUGUGACUAUAUCCUAGCUCAGGAUUUUUGCCCCAAUAACAUGGAUGCUGGCACCUUCCGAAUUGUAAUUCAGAACAACGCCUGUGGGAAGUCACUCUCCAUCUGCUCCCUAAAGAUCACACUGAUUUUUGAGAGCAGAGAAAUCAGGCUCUUGGAAGGAAGGAUUCAGGAGAUAGCCACUGAUCCAGGAGCUGAGAAGAAUUACAAAGUGGAUCUCAGAGGAGGUUAUAUUGUGAUUGAAACAAAUCAAGGGAUGAACUUCAUGUGGGACCAGAAGACUACUGUUGUUGUUCAUGUGGCACCAUCUUUCCAGGGAAAAGUCUGUGGCCUUUGUGGGGACUUUGAUGGCCGCUCAAGAAAUGACUUCACAACCAGAGGGCAGUCCGUAGAGAUGAGCAUCCAGGAGUUUGGAAACAGCUGGAAAAUAACAAGCACUUGCUCAAAUAUAAACAUGACGGACCUGUGUGCUGAUCAGCCUUUUAAGUCUGUCUUGGGACAGAAGCACUGCAGCAUCAUUAAGAGUAACAUCUUCGAAGCCUGUCACAGUAAGGUGAACCCAAUACCGUAUUAUGAAUCUUGUAUUUCUGACUUCUGUGGCUGUGACAGUGUGGGAGACUGUGAGUGCUUUUGUACCUCAGUUGCUGCCUAUUCAAGAAGCUGUAGCAGAGCUGGUGUCUGCGUCGACUGGAGAACGCCUGCCAUUUGCCCUGUGUUCUGUGAUUAUUACAAUCCACCUGACAAACAUGAGUGGUUCUAUAAACCCUGUGGAGCCCCUUGUCUAAAGACCUGCAGGAAUCCACAAGGGAAAUGUGGGAACUUGCUGUACAGUUUAGAAGGCUGUUACCCGGAGUGCAGUCCUGACAAGCCAUAUUUUGAUGAGGAGAGAAGAGAGUGCGUCUCCCUCCUCAACUGCACCUCAUGUGAUCCUGAAGAGAAACUAUGUACUGAAGACUCCAAAGAUUGCCUUUGCUGCUACAAUGGAAAGACCUACACCUUAAAUGAAACUGUAUACAGCCAAGUAUAUGGGACUGAGUGUGGUGAUGCUGUCUGUGGCCCUAAUGGAGAGAUCAUUAAGACAUUCAUUCCUUGCAGAACACCAUCCACACCAGCACAAGUUUCUUCAGAACAAGGCAUUAAAAUCAAAAAUGGAGUGCCACUGGAAAUCACCUCUCCAAAGUCAGAACCACAAAUGCAACCUGUAACAUCUGCACCUCCAUCAUCAAUGGUAGCCACUCCCUGCUUCUGUGAAGACAAUGGACAAAUGAUACAAAUGGGAGAAAAUGUUUCUCUGCCAGUGAAUAUAUCAGGUCACUGUGCUUACUCCGUUUGCAAUGCAUCGUGUCAGAUUGAAUUAAUUUGGGCAGAGUGUAAAAUUGGUCAUACUGAGGCCCUCAAGACCUGUGAUCCAGGCUCCGAAGCCUGUCCACCAACAUCUGCUCCCAGGGCAACAAGCCAAAUUCCUGCUUCCACGAGGACUCCUGUGAGAGAUUGUCUUGGGCUCAUUCCUCCCAGAAAGUUUAAUGAAACAUGGAACUUCGGAAACUGCCAGAUUGCUACUUGCCUGGGAGAAGGAAACAAUAUUAAACUCUCCAGCAUGACUUGCCCACCUCAGCAGCUGAACCUCUGUGUCAAUGGUUUCCCAUUCAUGAAACACUAUGAUGAAACUGGUUGCUGUGAAGUCUCUCAGUGUCAGUGUAUUUGCAGUGGAUGGGGAAAUGAGCAUUAUGUGACUUUUGAUGGAACAUAUUACCAUUUUAAAGAAAACUGCACCUAUGUCCUUGUAAAGUCAAUCCAUCCUGACUCUCACAACUUCUGGAUUCACAUAGGCAACUACUGCGGUGCCACUGAUGGAGCAAUUUGUUCAAUGUCCCUUCUCAUUUUUCACUCCAGCUCUGUCGUUAUUCUGACACAAGCAAUGAAACACGGAAAAGAAACAAACUUGAUUUUGUUUAAUGAUAAGAAAGUUGUUCCAGACAUUUCCAAGAAUGGUAUCAGGAUAACCAGUUCUGGCCUUUAUGUCAUAGUUGAAAUACCUGAAUUAGAAGUUUACGUCUCCUACAGUCGACUUGCAUUUUACAUAAAACUCCCUUUCAGAAAGUUUUAUAACAAUACCAUGGGACUGUGUGGUACCUGCACCAACCAGAAGUCUGAUGAUGCUAUGAAGAGGAAUGGUGAGGUUAUCGAGUCCUUCAAAGAGAUGGCAUUAGAUUGGAAAGUGCCAGAUCCUGCCAACAGAUACUGUAAUCCAGGUGUCUCAGAACCACCUGAGAUUGAAUAUCAUCAGCAUUGUGAGCCUUCCAAUCUGUGUAAAAUCAUCUGGAACCUGACCGAAUGCCACAGCGUGGUCCCCCCACAGCCCUACUAUGAGGCGUGUGUGGCCAGUGGGUGCUCAGAACAGCACCCAAGCACCGAGUGUCAGAGCAUGCAGACGUAUGCAGCCUUGUGUGGACUCCAUGGGGUCUGCGUGGACUGGAGGAAGCAGGCGAAUGGGCAGUGUGAGGCCAGCUGUGCUCAGGAUCAGGUAUACAAGCCAUGCGGGGAAGCAAAAAGAAACACUUGCUCCAGCAGAGAGGUCGUUAUGGACACGCUCCCCUCCCAAAAUAACACAGCAGCACUUGUUGAGGGAUGCUACUGUCCUGAUGGAAAAAUCCUGCUGAAUGAUCAUGAUGGCAUUUGUGUUUCUGUCUGUGGUUGCACUGCAAAAGAUGGGUCAGUAAAACAGCCUAGAGAGACUUGGGAACAUGACUGUCAACACUGUGCUUGCGAUGAAGCCACCUUGAAUAUCUCUUGCUUCCCCCGCCCUUGUGCUAAAUCUCCACCUAUCAACUGCACUAAAGAGGGCUUUGUACGCAAAAUAAAAACACGUCUGGAUGACCCAUGCUGCACAGAGACAGUCUGUGAAUGUGAUAUAAAAACCUGCAUUAUCAACAAAACAGCAUGUGACUUAGGCUUCCAACCAGUGGUUGCUAUAUCUGAGGAUGGUUGUUGUCCUGUUUUCUCCUGUAUACCAAAAGGUGUAUGCGUUUCUGAAGGAGUUGAAUUUAAGCCUGGAGCAGUGGUCCCUAAAAGCUCUUGCGAGGACUGUGUGUGCACAGAUGAGCAGGACGUUGUGACACGGACCAACCGCAUCCGGUGUGUUCCAGUGAAAUGCCAAACCACCUGCCAGCAGGGUUUCCGCUAUGUGGAAGAGGAGGGUCAGUGCUGCAGCCAGUGCCAGCAAGUGGCAUGUGUGGCAAAUUUUCCAUAUGGCAAUGUGACCAUUGAGGUUGGAAAGAGUUAUAAAGCUCCACAUGAUAACUGUACUCAGUACACGUGCACUGAAUCAGCGGGCAGGUUUUCCUUGACUAGUACAGUAAAGGUCUGCCUACCAUUUGAAGAAUCAAACUGUGUCCCCGGGACAGUUGAUGUGACUUCAGAUGGCUGUUGUAAGACAUGUAUUGACCUGCCGCAUAAAUGCAAGCGCAGUGUGAAAGAGCAGUAUAUCGUCCACAACAACUGUAAGUCAGCUGCUCCAGUCCCAGUGCCCUUUUGUGAAGGGACCUGCAGUACGUAUUCUGUGUAUUCCUUUGAGGCAAGUGAAAUGGAACACAAAUGCAUUUGCUGCCAUGAAAAAAGGAGUCACGAAGUGAAGGUGGAACUGGUUUGCUCUGAGCGUAACACAGUCCAAUUCACGUAUGUGCAUGUAGAUGAAUGUGGAUGUGUGGAAACAAAAUGCCCAAAGAGGAGAACAUGAGCAUAAACUGAAGGAAAUAUUUCAUCUCCCAUUUAAUGCUUCCUUAGCAAGUGAGUAGUUUAGAAAACAUCUGUGAGUAACCUUCAAAUGGCCAUACUUCUCUCUUGUGCUUUCUUUCUGGUAUUAUACGCAGUUAUGGAAAUUAGCUAAAGAUUUUACUCUAAAUGUUUGUAGAAUAAACUGCAUUUCAAAGAGGACUUGUUCUCCUGUUUCAGUGAUGCUGCUAAUGGGGCAAGGUGGCUAAUGUCUUUAAUCCCAUAGUGGUGUAUAAACCAAGGUUAUACCAAGGUUAUAAACCAGACACUCUAGAGACAACUGAUGCCUUCCAAAAGUCCUGUCUGAAGAAAGUGUACAUUGUAAAUCUGUAACUACAUGCACUAAUUCAUUUCCCUUAGAAGGGAAAUGGCAAUCACUUCCACAGCUGCGGCUCACUCAGAGAGGCAGGACUCAGCUCAGUGGCACAUUUGUGUUCUUCUCUCCAGUGGUCCUGCACCUACUUUGGCUGAGACUCUGGGUCACUGGAGAAAAGCAAGAUGCUUUUUCCCUUCUGCGCAGUGAGCACUGCAUCAGGAGCGUAAAAACAUGUUUUACAUAUACACUACAAAAUUACUAUAUUUGCACUGUUAUUUUGAGUCCUUAUCUCACUGGUGGAUUUUAUUGUUUGCCAUCAUCAAACACUGAGCUGUGUGUCAGGUGGGAGACUGAUGUUUAGUCUCAUUACUGGCUACAUGACCUAUGAUUUGUUAUAAACAAUUGACUCCCAGCUAGCAUGUCCAAUGGUACUGGUGGCAGUAUCUUAUGCAGACAGAGAUGAAAAUGGUCCAACAUUACCUUCAGAGUAUGCAACAAAGGCAGAUGCUUCUGGUACUUGAGCAAUUUUGUCUUUUGUGACCUGAGAGAGGACUUAGACUGCAGUGUGCUGCAGCCUGUUACGUGGGGGCUUUUGGGAAGUGUUUUGAAGGGAAUGCUUUUGAACUGACCAAGUAGAUAUGAAGUGCACUAACCUUUAGCUUUUCAUUUCAAAAUGUUGCAGCUGUUGAGCCCCAAGUAACCUUUAA